GAUGGUGAGCCUAGUCUUCACGUCCAGCUAGCUGAGCGCCAUGCGCACGUGCGACAGGAACCGCUCGGCGAGCGGCCGGCCGAAGUCCUCGCCCACGACGACGCGGAGCACCGUCAUGUUCUCCAGGUUCGCCGGCAUCAACUGCUUCAGGAACCUAAGUGAGUUUUCACCGUGCAGGUUCUUCAUCUGGAAGGACUUGUAUGUCGAGCACUUGAGGUCAUCGGGGAUCAUGGCAGCAGAUCCAUCUAGCGUCUUCGAGGGGCAGAUCAAGUGCUUGCCACUCCGCAAGGAUGACCGGGAUGAUCGUGCUGGUUUUGUUGUAUUCUCUCUAAGUUCCUGCAGAUGUGACUCAAUCAUGGCCAUUAGAAGAAAGAAUUGUUGGUGGAAAUAUGUGUAGGGCUUAUUUGGGAGGUUGACGUUGCAUCUGUUGUUUGUUAUGCACCCGGUGUGUCAUUUUAUAAGGGUUUGGAUAUCCAAGUAUGCAUCACAAAUUAUCUUCAGAUGCAUUAUUGGCAUUAACAUGUAUUCGGCAGUGUUAAGAAGUGCGUUGUUCCUAGUAUUCUGCACUGGGUGUGUUUUAUUGGCAUUAACAUGUAUUCGGCAGUGUUAAAAAGUGUGUUGUUCCUACAA